AACCCUGGCCUGGCCCCUCUUUUGCUCCUGCUCCUCCUUGCUCUUGCUCUUGCUCCUCCUCCACCUCGGCCUCGUCCAUUGACGGCUCUCUCGAUUCUCCUCUGCCCCCCGACGGACCAUCUCCCUUCUCCCUCUCUCUCUCCCUCUUCCUUCCACUGCCUGCCGGCUUCCGAACCCGCAAUUGAUUGACUCUCACACGCACCUACCCACUACAACUUCCCUUUCAGUCAGGAUUUUGUCGAAGUCAGCAUGGACCAGAAGAAGAGGAAGUUGGAAGACUCGCCAGUCACGAUUGUGAAAGAAGAGCAUGUUUCUGCAACUGGUGCACCAGCUGCGUCUGUUCCUACUUUCGUGAUCACGAAGGAGGACGUGAAGAAGCUGGUGGAGCCUUUUACCAAGGAGCAGUUAAUGGACUUAUUAGAGAACGCUGCCCUUAAUCAUGCAGAUGUCCUUCAUGAAAUUCGCAAACUAGCUGACAAAGACCCUGGUCAUCGGAAGAUUUUCGUGAGGGGACUUGGAUGGGAUACAACUACUGAGACUUUGAAAACAGUGUUCUCACAGUUUGGAGAAGUUGAAGAGGGGGCAGUUAUCAUGGACAAAGCAACUGGAAAGAGCAGAGGUUUUGGAUUUGUGACAUUCAAGCACAUGGAUGGUGCCCAACGGUCACUGAAGGAACCUAGCAAGCGAAUUGACGGACGGAUGACGGUUUGUCAGUUGGCAUCAACUGGGGCUCUGCAAGUGAAUCCCAAUCAAGAAGUCUCGCAGAGGAAAAUUUAUGUCGGCAAUGUACCCCUUGAUCUUUCUGCCGAUAGGUUGCUUGCUUUGUUCGCAGGGUAUGGGGAAAUUGAAGAGGGCCCUUUAGGAUUCGAUAAAUUUACCGGACGCUCACGAGGAUUUGCUUUGAUUAUCUACAAGACGGUUGAAGCUGCUAAAAGGGCAUUGCUAGAGCCAAUCAAGACUUUAGAUGGUAUUCAAAUGUAUUGUAAACUAGCUGCAGAGAAUCAGAAGCAGGGGCAGGGAAGACAAGGCACUGCAGGGAAAAACGACAGUGACAUGAUGAUGGGCAGGCAGCAAGUGUCCACUCCUCAGUCACUCUCAAACGGACAGAACUUGCCAUACGGCUCCAUGAAUACUGGUCUAAUAACUACCGGAAUUCCUCUUAACCAGGGUGCGAAUCAAGGAAUUAGCCAAGGAAAUCAUUUAGGCCUUAGUGGCCACAAUCAAGGUCUUAGUGGCUUGAACAGUACCUUGAACCCGUCCCUCAACUACCCACUGAAUUCAUCACUAUCUUCAAUAGGACAGUUAUCGAACCCCUCGUUAAACAAUUCUUUUAACUCCAGUCUCCCACAAACAUCCCUUGGAAUGGGAUCCUAUGGUUCACAACUGGGUAUGUCUCAAUAUGGAGGUCAACCAUCUGGUCUUGGUGGGCAGCCUACGUACUCUUCGAUGAAUGGGGUUUUGUAUGGAUCAGCAGCGAACUCAGUAGCUUCUCAGCAGCAAGCAGCGCUGCAGGUAGCCGGAGGUCAUUACGGAUAUGGGUCGUAUCAAAAUCCUCAACUUCCUGCCUCAUCUGCUCCUCGUGCUCCUCCUGUUGGAAAUAUGUAUUUGCCUUCUAGCAAUUACGGCAUAUGAGAUUGACAGCAGGCCAAAAUUGAAGGCAUAUAACAUGAAACAAAAAUGCCCCCAAAAAAUGACAGAAUCAAAGACUGAAGUAUGUGCUCGCUUCGCUUCCGAAUGCUAAUAAUUGUAAUCUCUGUGACACUAAUAAUCUUCAACAUUAUGUACGUUAUCAAUUUGCCCCAUCAAAUACCAGGUUCCACCUCUGGUGUUGGUGAAUUUCUGCUGUUGUUAGUGAACGAGAGAUUAUCAUGAGGGAAUCUGCAUGCCUGAUGGACUGAACUGUUGAGGAUAUUUUAACAAGCUUCAGCGUGUUCAGGCUAUGAAGUGAUCGCUUGGCAUGUUUUCUUUCAAGAAUCUGCUCAUUACCUACUUGAUUCUGUACUUGAGAACGGGUAGCAGAGACUUCCACUCAACUGCUUCGAAUGUGUCCCUAAUUGGCAGCAAUUGAUUGAGCCUGGGAUACUAGAUGCGAGUUGUACUAUAAGAAUGGUCUCAAACAUGAGUUUUUGAGCCUUGCACUAGUGGCCUUCUUUGCGGAGACCCGCUGUCUAAGACUCAUGCUGUUAAUCUGAAUGUCUGCUGGCUCACGUUGGUAAUUAUUGAGGUGAAGUGUGGGGACGUCCCUAGACUUAAACUGGUGGCUCACGUUUGGAUUCUUAGCAUCUGUGGAGAUGAGUAAGAGCAUAUCGGCCACGAGGGUGCAGAUUUUCUUAGGACGUAUAUAUGUUGGGCUGAGCGCUUUCCUUUUACUGUGCUUGCUUGGAUUGUAUUGAGAUAAAGUCGGGCCAAGCCUGUGUGCUUUGUGAGCAUGCCUCUGAGUACCGGACUGGAGUGGCAAGAGUAAGCGAUUGAGGUAUGCUUCAUAUCAUGUCCAUUAUAUGGUUUUUUUUCGUUAUUUUGUAUGUCUGCAAUUAUGUCGCUGACCCAGUGAACUACCGUUGAUAGGAUUGUGAACUCUUCCUUUUAAUGGAGUUUUUCACUUUCGCCAUAUGUUGUUUCUUAAUUCGUGGACUUUUACCACAUACUGACGUGGCUUUUUGCCAGUACAUUAGAUGCGUUGCGCCAUAGUGGUUUCUGUGAUUGACAUGGCUUAUUCAUGGAAUGGUAGUUUGUGGAUACAAGUAAGUGGCUUGGUGCUUCAUGGUCUUUUCAUUUUUAUUUUGCGUUGAGUCUGAUACAACCUAGAACUUCACCAUUAUGACUGUUUGUUGAAUUUUACAUUUUAUUUUAUCUUUUGGAUUUGCUUUUGUUUUGUACAAUGAUGUGAAUUGUUUAUUAGAUCUGUUCUAAUUUUCUUUGAAGCUUCGGUUUUGAUGAGUUCCUUGAUUAUCUUUUUAGUGGAUCGUUAUUGAGAUUUUUGGUUCUGUUUUCUUCUCAUUUUGUUGUAUUUUGGGUGAGAUAUUUUUACACGCUGUAACUGAUCGAUGAAUUGAAGGACAGUACUUUUUUGUUAGCUGGAGUGUCUAUUUACUACUAAUUACCAGUAGUCUGAAAAUAUAGCUUUGUGCUUCAUUUAGUUCAGUAGCAAUAUCAGGUUUCUGUAGAUAUUUUCACUUUGUAGGAUUCCAUUUAAAAUUCCUUGUUCCUGAUGCUGUAAUGUAUUGUUGAUUGUACUCUUUGGUUGCUAGAUCUCGUUUGACCUGCAUGUAAAAUUUUCUCUACCAUUAUCUUUAGUCCGUUAAACAUUUUUCUCAUGAUUUUUCAUGUUGCAGGCAGGAAUGCAGGCAAGGCCAGGCUGCAAUUGGGUAGCUCAUUAUUUUGAUGUGGGUUCGAUUCCCAUUGGCCUUACAUCGGUGAUAGUGAUAUAAAGUGGUAUAUAUGCCGUUCUUGACUUGAUGAGUCAAAAAAUAACUGGGGAGUUGCCAAAUGGUGGUAUCUGAAAAGUAAUUUAUCUAGAACCUUUGUCACGAUUUUCUGGGUGACUUGUUGACGGGAAUGAGAGACGUAUCUGGUGCUGAUCAUCUUGGAUUUGCGACACCUUUGUAUGACGUCGACAUCAUGUGAUACUCUUAAAACUGUUUGAUUGAGGUGAGUGCAGUUCUGGAUUGAAUCAACUGUCGCAUUAGCUGAUUCUCUUAUCACAAUGCUCGAACCCUUGGAAACAUCUUAUGAAAGCCUGUUGGCGAGCAAUGAGUUUUCUACGAAUGUGCAAAUUAAACUUCGCUAGUUAAGUAGUUGCAAAUUUGUUAACCGAACUUUGCCAUCGGGCAUGAGUAUCAAAGAUGCUAUAUGAAUUA